UCGUUGUCAUCAACCCUAAAUUAAGCUCAAUACAACUUCGCCUCUUAUUUUAACCUACCAACGCAAACCCUCUCCUCUCUCCUCUCCUCAUCUCCUUAUAUCAUCCCCCUCUCUCCACUUCCGAGUACCUCAACCCCACCAUUUCUAUCUCUCUCUGUGUGUCGUGUCUUCCCGGUUAUAGCAAAAAAAAAAAAAAAAAGCACCAUAAAAAAAAAGGAGACCUCUUCCAUGUCCUUUCCAUAGGGAUCUUUGUAACCCUAAUAUCCUCGAUGGGUCGCUAGAACCACCCGAGUCUUGGUGAUAGCGGGCCGUUUGUUGAUACGGGUUAUGCGCGAGGUCGAGGAAAUGGAGGUGGAACGUCUGAGGCAGUUGUUGUUGUUGUCGUCGAAGCAAAGCAACCGUGUCGCUCUUGUGGGUGGAAACCACACCGCGGCCAGAUUUUGCACCCGCUAAGUGUUGUUGUCGAUCGAGCCCUCCCCUCCUCCCUCUUCUUCUUUGCCUUUCUUAGUAGCUUUCAGAUCUCAAAUUUUUCUUUAGGGUCAUUUCGCUUUCCUUUAUGUCCUAUUCUGUUCACAAGUUCCUGCUCCUUUGCUCUUCUUCUCAUAAGAUACCGCCUGAUCUCGUUCACCUCUGAAAGUUCUGCAAGUUUCAUCCGUCCUCCUCACGACUGUGUUUCUCGCCUGGCUAAAUUUUGGAAUUCGGAGACAAUGGCCUUGGGAUUGGCUAAGGAUUCCCAACCGAAGCGCCCAAAAAGGUACAAACGUUUCGAUGUCGGUGGCAUUGGCUUCGAUGCUUAUGGAUCUAAGUACUUGAUCAUCAAGCUCCCUACCUCGAGGGUCUUGAUGUUUCUUGCCCGUGCACUGGUUCUAGCAUUCAUCAUCGCAUCGUUCUCUUGGUUGAAAUCGGGCUUAAAGAGAUCAGUUGAUUCUUAUCAAGCCAUUUCCGAGGUCGAUCGGCAAGUAUACGAUCCUGCCAACUUGGAGAUGUUGCCAUUGCUUUUCCAAGAUUUAGCAAACGAAGGCUUAUUGAAAAGCGGAGAUAGUGUUGCCCUGUUGAGCAAUGGGUACGAGGAGUCCAUUGAUACCUCUAUUAUUCCAGGCGGCAAUAAGAUGGAUCGUAUUUCCAUCACCGACUUAGAGCGACAAAGUUCGAUCCCGAGCAACAUGUUCGCCUUCGCCUUCACAACCGAUUUUACUUCUUCCGCAGAAUUCAUCGAUCGAACCCUAAAGGUUGGCGGAGUGGCGGCGAUGCUGCUAAGCAAAGACCCUAAUGUGCAAUUCUAUGUGCCCCCGAACUACAAGAUCGCCUACAUUAGGAAGUUUGAAUCGACCGUCCUCGCCAUCAGGAAAACUGACGAGAGGAAAAUGACAAACUCGGCCACGCAAAGGCGGCUAUGCGGAUUCGCCCCGGAGCAAAAGAAGGCGGCGCUACAGAACCUGGAAGACGUGCUCCUCGAGCCCCCACGAGCGGCCUCGAGGAGGUCCAGGGCCUACUUCAAGAGGACGAGGUACCUCCCCGACUUGAUGGGGGACACCCUGGAGAGCUACCCGCGCCGCGUGUUCAUCGACGUGGGGCUGCCAGAGAAGGACGGGGGCAGCAGCAGCACCGCAUGGUUCGCGAAGAACUACCCAACGAGGAACCUGGACUUCGAGAUGUACAAGAUUGAGACCGUGGCCGAGGAACCGGGCUCGAGCAAGGAAGUUGUGGUGGGGGCGGGGGCCGCCGCGGAUCAGGUGGGGAUGUCGGAUUGGCUGAAGAAGAACGUGAAGGAGGAGGAGUACGUGGUGAUGAAGGCGGAAGCAGAGGUGGUGGAGGAGAUGGUGAAGAGCAAGGCGAUAGGGCUGGUGGACGAGCUGUUCUUGGAGUGCAAGCCCAAGGGUGUGGAGAGGAUGAGCGACAGGAGCAGGAGGGCGUACUGGGAGUGUCUGGCUCUCUACGGAAGGCUCAGGGAUGAGGGGGUUGCCGUGCACCAGUGGUGGGGCUGACUUUCGAUUCGUUCGUUCGUUCGUUC